CACCGACCCCCGCCGUGCGGCGUCGUCGUCGUCCUCCGCUGGAGCUGAAGCCGCGGACCCCGCGACCCGCGGAACUCGCCGGGGAGGCCCCGCUCAUGUUCCCGCCCUACGUCAAGGUGGUGCGGACGUUGCAGAUGGAGAUGAAGAGGUGGCGGCUUCGCCCGAGCGCCUGCGCGCUGUUGCUCGGCUCAGCGCUGCUCGUGCUGCUCUUCUACGUGGGGCUGUGGUGCAGCGCCAGCAUGGGCCUCCCCGAUGCCGAGCUGCGUCUCGACCCCAGCGAAGACGGUGCCGCGGCCGCCCAGGGGAGGAUGUUCUAUGGCAUCAUGUUCGACGCCGGAAGCACAGGCACCAGGAUCCACGUGUUCAUUUUCAAGCAGCUCAACAAAGCCAACCUGCCGGAGCUGACAAGUGAAGUGUUCCUUUCCGUGAAGCCUGGCCUCUCGGCAUACGCUGACCACCCAGAACAGAGUGUGCAGUCCAUAGAGGAGCUGCUGGCCAAAGCAAAGAAGGCCAUCCCUGAGACACAGUGGCAAGAAACCCCUGUGGUGCUGAGGGCCACGGCAGGCCUGCGCCUUCUACCUGGCCGGAAAGCCGAUGUUUUGCUAGAGCAGGUGCGAAAUCUGUUUGACAGGUCCCCAUUCAAAGUGCCAAAGAACAGUGUGGAGAUCAUGGAUGGUGCAAAUGAAGGUAUUUCUUCAUGGAUCACAAUUAACUUUCUUCUCGGAAUUCUACGAGGGCCAGAAGACAAGUUGUUUGGAAUACUUGACCUCGGAGGCGGCUCCACGCAGGUUACAUUUUUGCCCCAGAAGCAGUCGGCUUCGGAUGCAGAUGUAACAUCCUUCAAAAUGUUUAACAAAACGUUCAAGAUUUAUUCCCAUAGUUACCUGGGUCUGGGUUUAAUGUCGGCAAGACUGGCCAUUCUGGGAGGAGAUCCAGGGGAAGCAGGCGGAAGGCGGUUGCUGAGUCCUUGCCUUCCCUCUGACUACAAGGGCGAGUGGAAACAGUCAAGCGUCACCUACUUGAUCGGGGGACAGAAAGGCGCCAGCUUUAGCCUGUGUGCAAUGAAAGUUGAGAAGAUGCUGUCAGGGAAAGUGGAGCAGCCUGGAGGCAUUCACCAGCAACACUUCUACGCCUUCUCCUACUACUUUGACAGAGCUGUCGAGUCUGGCCUCAUUGCACCAGAAGGCGGCACUUUGAAAGUUGGUGACUAUGAAGACAAAGCCAAAAGCGUUUGUGAUGGCAAGCAGGCCAUCAAGGGUGCCGACCCCUUUCUCUGCAUGGACCUAGCAUAUAUCGCAGGUUUCUUGCAGAAGGGCCUGGGCUUCAGCAGAGACACUCCUCUGCAGUUGGCCAAAAAGAUAAACAAUGUUGAGACUGCCUGGGCUCUGGGAGAGACGUUUCAUUUCAUCGAUUUUAUGCGCUAAAGACUCAUGAUGCAAUCGAUUCUGCUAAGCCAAUGUGGCGUUUUGUUAAACUACAUGUAAUGUAAAAAUUCCGAAACACCAUCACGUGUUGUUGUAUAUUUGUGCAUCUAAGUCUAAGAAAACUCCAUUUACACAGUUCUUUUUUUAAAGAAAA